GCCACGCUUCUAUUUUCAAGAAGCUACACCCAUCAAAAAAUGUCAGUUGUAUAAAAGGUCAAGAAAAAAUCACAAACUUUCGGGUUACAAAAUAAAUUAUCAGUGUCAAUAGUUAUGAAUUACUUUACAUAGCACGGAGCACAUAAUUGAGAUCUAUCGUCAUGGAGCAAAUGUACCUGAUCGAGAUAUUCGUAGACAAAGUGACUAUAUUCACUACUGAGGAAGACGAGAGCAGCGCUAAUAAGAACCUCAUCAUCAAAAUAAGAUUUGGACCUAAAACGCAGUUCAUUAUCAAGGAGGGCCAACUCGCUGUGAACGAGGAGAAACCAGACGACAUAGUAGAAUGCGACGAAAAUGGACGAAGACAAUGGACGAGAACUAUAAGAGUUGGUAAAUCUUAUCUGUUUCCUUCAUACCCAGACACAAUACUGAAUAUAUUGAGCACGUUCCCAUUAGAAAUAGAAGUUUGGAACGAUGAUGAGAAUGAAGUUGAAAUAUUCGUUGGAGUGGGCAACAUGCAUUGGGACACGCAGUUCUAUUACAUGUUGAAAGAGUCCGCAGAAGCUUGUAAGAUUCACGAACCGUUGUCGAUUAAAAGCAAAACGCCUUUAAUGGCCGAAUGCUGUUGUAGGCAAGCUGGAGAGAUCCAUUUCAUCUUACGAUUAACAGCUCUAGGAGACAGCAUCAUAACAGAAUUCCAACAACUAAUGAAGGACCCAGAAUCAUUUGUUUUUAGAACAAAUAAAGCACCGAGUAUGUUUCAAUGCAAGAGAGUUGAAGGCGACGAUCCCAACUUUUGUAUGGUGGGCAGUCUUUAUGAGACGACAACUUUGGAAGAUCCAGAUAUAUUAGAUAAUGCACAGAGAAAGAUUGAGAUAUGCACAGAGCUGCAAAGCUGCGGACUUGGACACAGUUCAGGACCGCUGGCUUGCGAGCAUCAUAGUGACAAGUCUGAUAAACCGAGGAAGAAAUAUCCAAAUCAAAAGAUCAGAAUUGGAGAUAUCACAGGGCCAUGUGGUAAUGCAAAUUGUUUACUUGCUCAUAAAGUGAGGACAUACAUCAGACAUCUAGAUAGUUACAAAGGUAAAGCAGCGGCAGCCGGCAUCUCGGACCUCUCGCCGGCUGAAACCAGUAGGAAAGUGUGCGGUUCAUGUGUCUGCAAGGAUGAGCGCUGGCACAGAGAUGAAUGCCCUGAUGAAAAACCGCCUAAAGUGAAGUGCGCGGGCUGUGGAGGCAUGACUAAGGCCGGUGACACCUGUGAAGAUAGAAAAGCGAAGCAUUACAACACCGGAGCUACACCCAAAACCAGUGAUACGCAAGUUAACUAUGUAUUUAGCAACACAAAAGUGUCGCAUUUUAGACAAGCCAUGUAUGGUCGUGAUUACAUUGUCGAAGAUUGUUUCAGUACAAGCUAUAAUAGCCCUAUAAGUAAUAAAGCUUCUACAAGCCAAAAUACAGGUCGAUUACAAAAUGUGGGGUGUUGUUGCCGCAGGGUAGAAAUAAACGAUAUAGUAUCAAAACCUCCGGAGAGUAAGAUUACAAUGUUCAGCGCGGGAACCAGUAACCCGAUGGUAUGCCACAUGGAAAACAACGCCGCAAGAAUUAACUCAACAAUGCAUAAUGUUUCGACUUACAACGUAUCACCUUUUCACUCAUCGGAGCACCACAGUGAACGGAAGCAAUCCAAGCAUAAAAUACAAGUUUACAAUUGCACCGAAAUCCCCGAAGAAAAAGAUUGCAGAUGCUCUCCAAUAAAACCGUCACCACCUUGCCGAACGUUUGAUUGUGACUGUAUGACAGAAACAGCAAAUAUAGUAGCUAGGAAAACGCAUCGUCCGUACUGUCCCUCUUACAAGCAUAAAGUCAACUGUCCCGUUACAAUGAUGCAUGAGGAAGAAGAGCAAAAGAAACUGGAGGACGAAGAAGACGAGAGCACUCCACUGCCGUACGGCUUGCCGCCGAUACAGCUGGGGCCGUGCCCCAUCAUGGGGCGGCCGUGCACCGUGCCCGACGGCUUCUCGCGGAUGUACAAGAACGCGCAACUCCCGCAGCAGCCACCCAGCUACAGCGACGCCGGCAAAGUGUGCUGCUCUAAAGAAUACCACAGAAUAAAGAAAGCGAUCAAAGAAUACAUGAAAUAUGGCAAAGACAAUGAUUUCCGUUGCGUCAACAAGUUUAACGUGGAUACUGAGAGGCGGUGUUGCGAUAAGGAACAACAUCUGUUGUCCCUGUUGGGAAAGUCAUGUUGUGGUGCUCACAAAAUGUCGAUUCGAGAAAAAUUUGGCAAUCAAUGCAGCAGUGACAAGCAGUGAUCUCAUUGAUGUUUUAUUUUGUAACCUGAUUAGACCUUUUACACAAUUGAAA